AUGCAAGCCGCUGACGAACGGCUUCAAGAACACCGAGAGGCACGUGUCGUUGUCUCGAGUGACGGAAGUGCGCUCUGGAUACUUCAGGCGCUCUACAAAAGCCUCUGUCAGGUUGAGAUCACCUACUUUCCAUUUGAUUUGCAAGAACCGAUUAUUCCAGGUCGAACAAGCUUGCUACGCAUGGGCUCGAAUCCAGAAGGGCCCGAAAUCCGAAAUAUGCAGUUAGAUUGA